AUGGGUAGAAAGAAGAAGAAGGCAUCCAAACCGUGGUGCUGGUAUUGUAACAGGGAAUUUGACGAUGAAAAAAUUCUGAUUCAACAUCAAAAAGCGAAACAUUUUAAGUGCCACAUAUGCCACAAGAAAUUAUACACGGGGCCUGGAUUGUCAAUACAUUGUAUGCAGGUACACAAAGAAGCCAUAGACAAAGUUCCAAAUUCAUUACCAAAUAGGUCUAAUAUAGAAAUAGAAAUAUAUGGUAUGGAAGGUAUACCACCAGAAGAUGUCAAGGAGCAUGAGAAACAGAAGACAGGUGGAGGCAAAGGGUCUGACAGUGAUGAGGAUGAGCCAGCUGCCAAGAAGAAGGCUACUCCAGCAUUGUUGGGAGCAGGUCCAUCUACAGUGACACCAGGUAUUCUCCCCACACCAAUGGGUCCCGUUCCCCCUGGAAUGUAUCCGGGGCAUGCAAUGCAAAUGAAUCACAUGAUGCCACCUUAUAUGCAAGCUCCUAGAAUGAUGAUGCCUGGCAUGAGGCCUUUGUUUCCGGCGGCGAGUGUGCCAACGUCAACGCCUAGUAAACCCACCUUCCCAGCUUACAGUAAUGCGACAAUAAGUGCGCCACCCACAACAUCAACGGCAGCCAGUACUUCAGAGCCCAAAGAGAAUGGUGAAGUUAAACUCCCUGCUGCCAACUCGUGUCCACUGGUGACCGCGACGGGAGCGGGUUCGAAAAUCAUACAUCCACCGGAGGAUGUUUCUCUGGAGGAGAUCAGAGCGAGAAAUGCUAAGUACCGUCCAAAACCUAAACCGGAUGCACCUGUAAACAUACCCACAUCGGCACCUUCUAUGAUCUCAGCAAGUACAAGUCAAGCGGAGGUGGCGGCGCACAUGUCGGCGGCCGUGGCGGCGGCGCGCCAGCAGGCGGCCAUGCGCCGCCCCGUCAUGCAGCAGAUGGUGGGCAUGCUGCCACAGCUGCAGCAACUGCCACAGCUGCAGCAACUGCCUCAGCUGCAGCAGCUGCCGCAGCUGCCACAGCCCAUGCGCGUGGGCGUGCCCGUGUCCAUGCCGCCCGUCAUGCUGCCCGUCAUGCCGCAGUUCAACAUCAUGCGCCCACUCCAGCCCGGCAUGCUGGUGCCGGGCGGCAUGAUGCCGAUGGGCAUGUUCCCGGGCGGAGUGCACGGCCUGCAGGUCAUGCAGCCGCGCUACCGAUAG